AUGGAGGCUGAUGAGCAAGUUUGCAUCUGGGUUACAGCUGCAGCCUGGCUUGGUGUACUGGGAGUUCUGACGAUUUGCGGAGCAGACCUUCUUAUCUUCCUGGCCGCAUUUCUCCGAUCGAUCCUCCUCCUCCUGUUGGGUGGGUUCCUGGCUCUUUGCAGCGCUUCAUCGCUUCUCUUGGCAUUGGGGGCAUUGCUAGUGACGGAGCCUCGAGGCUUGGGGACAGCACCAGGUGUUUUCUUCCUCUCGGGCUCUGUUUUUGCUGCCUUCUUGGGAACGACGAUGGCGCUGUAUCAGGCUUCGAAAGCCACACCCACCAGAUUGCACGACGAGAAACCAAAGUGGAAGGAGGAGACUGAAGGCUUAAGCGAGGAGGAGGAGCGGGCUCGGAUUCAGCAAGCGCUGGUGGAGUGCGUCGAUAACCUGUACGACAUACCUCGUCUGGACAGAUACCGCGUGUCCCUGCGAAUUCUGGAGGAGUGUAACAUACAGGACCUCAGCUAUGAGGAGUGGAUCAUCGAAGAGCGGCUUCGCAUGAAAACAGGAAAAGCGCGUCGUGCCGUCUUGACGGAGGACGAAUUGAAACGUGCCACGAUUGAGCUUCGCAUCCGACGGAGUCCACAAGAAGCUCUCAAGAAGGUUCUUGAGCGCAUGUUAGAAGAGGCUCGUAAAGGGCGUGGAGCCGGCAGGAUACCGAUGGACAUGCUGCAGGAUGCUUUUCAAGAAAUUGACGUGACCUUGCGCAAUAGAAUCACUACAAGGGAGUUGCUUGCUGCGCUGAAGGUCUGUGGCAUUUUCAUGGAGGGUGCUGCGGCAGAAAAACUUUUGUGGUGGUUCCACCGGGAAGAGGAGUCGCAGGACGAUGGGUACUUGGACAUUGGGCAAUUUGUAUUUCUGUUCAACCAGGUGGCGGAUAUGAUGGCAAAGGAGACCAUCAUGAAGAAAGCUUCCAGGGGGUACACAAUCACUUGCCAGGUGUCUUUCCUUGCCAAUCUGAUCUUUCUGAGCUUUGUUUUGUUCUCGGUCAGCCAACCAUCAUCGGAUCCAUCUUGGGACAUGCUGCUGAACGUCUUCGGGAGUGCUUUCAUCCUCCAGUUCUGGGUGGUCAUUGGCCUUCCUAUGCUGUGUUCAGUAAUCGGCACAAAAGCUGCCGUGUGGAAGCAGCACUUCCUGCGGCAACUGCUGAAGUGUGUGCGAUGUGUUUGUCGUCCCAUCCUUCGCCUGAUGAGCUGUACUUGGGCGCUGUU